CAGGAGAACCUCACAGUUUCUGGCGACCGCCGGACGCGUUUUUUUUCUGUGAAAUUCCAAAUUUUCCGGGCUUCCAUGCGCUGAUCCGUCCGUCACAAGUGGCCUCAUGGAUUUGUACCUGAUUGGAUAUUUGGUGUGUGUGUGGCUGUGCGGCUCGCGGGUGCUUGGAGGCUAUCCCAUCUGGUGGUCCCUGGCCCUGGGGCAGCAGCCCAUCCUGUGUGGCUCCAUCCCAGGCCUGGUGCCCAAACAGCUACGUUUCUGCCGCAACUACAUCGAGAUCAUGCCCAGCGUGGCAGAGGGCGCCAAAUUGGGGAUCCAGGAGUGCCAGCACCAGUUCCGGGGCCGUCGAUGGAACUGCACCACCGUCAAGGACAACCUGGCAAUCUUCGGCCCAGUCCUGGAUAAAGCAACCAGAGAGUCGGCGUUCGUCCACGCCAUCGCUUCAGCCGGCGUCGCCUUUGCUGUCACGCGCUCCUGCGCCGAGGGGACGUCCACCAUGUGCGGCUGCGACUCCCACCACAAAGGACCCCCAGGGGAGGGAUGGAAGUGGGGCGGCUGCAGCGAAGACGCCGAAUUUGGGGUGCUCGUGUCCAGGGAGUUUGCGGACGCCAGGGAGAACCGACCAGACGCCCGCUCGGCCAUGAACCGACACAACAACGAAGCAGGACGCACGACCAUCCUGGACCACAUGCACCUGCGCUGCAAGUGUCACGGCCUGUCCGGCAGCUGCGAGGUGAAGACCUGCUGGUGGGCUCAGCCCGACUUCCGCAUGCUGGGCGACUACCUGAAGGACAAGUACGACAGCGCCUCCGAGAUGGUGGUGGAGAAGCACCGGGAGUCCCGCGGUUGGGUGGAGACCCUGCGGGUCAAGUACGCCUUCUUCAAGCAUCCCACCGAGCGAGACCUGGUCUACUACGAGGGCUCGCCCAACUUCUGCGAGCCCAACCAGGAGACGGGCUCCUUCGGGACGCGGGACCGCGCCUGCAACGUGUCCUCGCACGGCAUCGAGGGCUGCGACCUGCUGUGCUGCGGCCGUGGACACAACACCCGGACUGAGAAGCGCAAGGAAAAGUGCCACUGCAUCUUCCACUGGUGCUGCUACGUCAGCUGUCAGGAGUGCGUACGCGUUUACGACGUACACACGUGCAAGUGAGGGCGGGGGUUGGGGGGACGCACGGACACGCUGGACUACGUUGGCCGCCCCCGUCCCUCAAAUCCCUGCACGUCAUCCCCUCCUUGCGCACUUCCCGUCCCACUCUGAUUCAACCCGGCGGACGCUUCGCCCUUGUGGGAAUAAGCUCGCCCCCGUCACAACCUUUGAUUCCCUAUAGCACUGACCAUCCCCGAGCUUCACCUACCCCGUGUCUUUAUUUAUUUCCCCCCUCUCUCAGUCUGUCCCACUUAAACGCAGUCUGGAGUAAACACGCCCCACUUUUACAACCAGUCAGACUGCUUUUAGGGACACAGAGAUGGUUCUUUUCAAGGUAAAUCGACCUGUAAAGGUGAGCUGAGCAGGCGGGUCAAAGAAGGCCUCGCUGUCUAACUACUGAACGGGACUGAGAGCAGCAGUGGGUCGCUGUCUGUCUUCAAAACUACUGAGCUGAUGAGACACGAACGCAACAGACGUCCAGGCCCGAUUUUUACGGCUCCGCAUUGCUGACAUAUCCCCACUAGGCCAGGACUGCAAGUAUGCAGGAGGCGGCAUGUGUGCGAACAGGCAGGCUCAUUCCACGCGCUAACAAACGCCACAUUUCAGCCAAACCUUGCUAAACCCCACUCUGUAAAGAACUGGAACAGGAUUCUUUCCCCUCGUGCAACUGCGAGCCACAACCACAGGGUCUGACUCAAGUCAAGCUUCAGCACGCUUCGGGAGCAUAGACGAGAGACUUAAGAACGCUCAUCAGGGUUAACUUUUACCUUCCCUAUUGGACACCGGAGUUAUGGUGAACAAUGGUCACCACGGUGAGAUAUGUUUUGAAACAGAGUCUUUAGCUGGACGGCAUCUUCCACUACAUUAUUCUCAACCUUUGCAAGUCCAACAAACAACUAAACAAGGUCUUCAACAGGAAGUCCACGACUCCUUGGUGGUACUGCAGGGAGGGUCCUUUUUUCAAUAUUCCCUGGCAGUUUUCCCGCAAAUUUAAAUGUCUUUAAAUCCAAAUUAACGGUGCGUUCCAUUUACAUCGGAAGUCAAUCAAUCAAUCAAUCAAUGUUUACUUAUACAGCCCUAAAUCAAGUCGGAGCUGGGAAUGACAGCACCUUCUUCGUUCAAGUCGGAAAACCAGAAUGCUGCCUCCACCGGAAACUUCUCGGAAUAUAAACAAGCAGCGGACAAAUACGCGGUUCUUCCGAAGCAUUUUGAUACGGUGGAUGAAGAGGCAGCACAAGGACGUAGAAGCUAGCGGAAAACAUAAAUAAAAACAUGUCGAGUAACAAUCCAUGAGGCUAUUGUUAGCACGGUUAUUAUCACUGAAAAUGUCAUGUGAUCAUCCGAGUGGACAGCCGUCAAGAGUUGUGGCUCGGAGAGCGAACGGUAAGAUACAGUAGCUAGAUGGUUAGCUAACUAGCGAGCUUGUUUCCGUCCUCCUGAUCGUCUUCCCGUCCUACAACCUACUCAGUGGCCUAGUGGUUAGAGUGUCCGUCCUGAGAUCGGUAGGUUGUGAGUUCAAACCCCGGUCGAGUCAUACCAAAGACGAUAAAAAUGGGACCCAUUACCUCCCUGCUUGGCUCUCAGCAUCAAGGGUUGGGAUUGGGGGUUAAAUCACCAAAAACGAUUUCCGGGCGCGGCCACCGCUGCUGCUCACUGCUCCCCUCACCUCCCAGGGGGUGAUCAAGGGUGAUGAGUCAAAUGCAGAGAAUAAUUUCACCACACCUGGUGUGUGUGUGUAACAAUCAUUGGUACUUUAACUUUAACUCGGUGCCGCGUUUAGGCAAAAAGAACAGCGGGUACUGGCGGCUGAUGCAAAUUUCAACAAAUUUUGCUCGGAGUGUAUUUUUAUUUAUAUUUUUUAAAUAAAAAAAAAAAGGAAUUUACAUUUUGACGCGAAAAUAAAUUUUUAAAAACGCGUAUUUCCUGUAGCUAAGGUUAACAGUUGGGAUAGCCAACUUUCAAAAAUACAACUCGCGGCUAGUGAGUAUUCUCCGACUUAGAAAUCCGAUUUUGGGAGCGUUCCAUUUAAAACUUGCGGCUAUUGUUAGCAAUGUAAGCACGGUUAUUGUCAUGUGAUCGUCCAAAUAUGACCAGCAGCAAAGUGGACAGCCGUGCUCCUGAUUGUCUUCCCGUCCUGCAACUCGGUGCCGAGCGUUCAACAAAUUUUGUUUGGAAUGUGUUUUUAUUCAUAUUUUUUAAAUAAAAAAAACACAGAAGUUAUAUUUUGACGCGAAAAUAAAUGUUUAAAGACGCGUAUUUCCUGUAGCUAUGGUUAACAGUUGGGAUAGCCAAUUUUCAAAAAUACAACUCGCGGCUAGUGAGUAUUCUCCGACUUAGAAAUCCGAUUUUGGGAGCGUUCCAGUUGAAACUUGCGGCUAUUGUUAGCAAUGUUAGCACGGUUAUUAUCAUUGAAAAUGUCAUGUGAUCUUCCAAAUAUGACCAGCAAGCAAAGUGGACAGCUGUGCUCCUGAUCGUCUUCCCGUCCUGCAACUCGGUGCCGAGCGUUCAACAAAUUUUGUUCGGAUUGUAUUUUCAUUGAUAUUUUUAAAAUAAAAAAACACGGAAGUUUUGACGCAAAAAUAAAUGUAUAAAGAUGCGUAUUUCCUGUAGCUACGGUCAACAGUUAGGAUAGCCAACUUUCAAAAAUACAACUCGCGGCUAGUGAGUAUUCUCCGACUUAGAAAUCCAAUUUUGGGAGCGUUCCAGUUGAAACUUGCGGCUAUUGUUAGCAAUGUUAGCACGGUUAUUAUCAUUGAAAAUGUCAUGUGAUCGUCCAAAUAUGACCAGCAAGCAAAGUGGACAGCCGUGCUCCUGAUCGUCUUCCCCUCCUGCAACUCGGUGCCGAGCGUUCAACAAAUUUUGUUCUGAUUGUAUUUUUAUUGAUAUUUUUUAAAUAAAAAAACACGGAAGUUAUAUUUUGACGCAAAAAUAAAUGUUUAAAGACGCGUAUUUCCUGUAGCUACGGUUAACAGUUGGGAUAGCCAACUUUAAAAAAUACAACUCGCGGCUAGUGAGUAUUCUCCGAUUUAAAAAUCCGAUCUCGGGAGCGUUCCAGUUAAAACUUGCGGCUAUUGUUAGCAAUAUUAGCACGGUUGUUAUCAUUGAAAAUGUCAUGUGAUCGUCCAAAUAUGACCAGCAGCAAAGUGGACAGCCGUGCUCCUGAUCGCCUUCCCGUCCUACAACUCGGUGCCGAGCGUUCAACAAAUUUUGUUCGGAUUGUAUUUUUAUUGAUAUUUUUUAAAUAAAAAAACACGGAAGUUAUAUUUUGACGCAAAAAUAAAUGUUUAAAGACGCGUAUUUCCUGUAGCUACGGUUAACAGUUGGGAUAGCCAACUUUAAAAAAUACAACUCGCGGCUAGUGAGUAUUCUCCGAUUUAAAAAUCCGAUCUCGGGAGCGUUCCAGUUAAAACUUGCGGCUAUUGUUAGCAAUAUUAGCACGGUUGUUAUCAUUGAAAAUGUCAUGUGAUCGUCCAAAUAUGACCAGCAGCAAAGUGGACAGCCGUGCUCCUGAUCGCCUUCCCGUCCUACA